AUGUUCCCCAUAACCUGCAACGCGAUCGGCGAUAUCAUUGCCGUCGUCCAGCUUAUUCGCGACAUUGUUGUGGCGCUAGACGAUGCACGCGGCGCUGCUGAAGAGUACAAGCAGUUCGUGCACGUCCUGACGGCACUCGGCGCGGUGAUGGAAGCUGUCUACAAGCUCGCCCGGGACUCUCCAGACGAUGCUCUCAAGUCUGUCGUACUUGAAGAGGUCAGACGAUGCUGCAACGACAUCAAUAACGCACACAACAGCAUCGCGAAGUUCGACAGGCUCGAGGGCGAGACUUCCGUCCGCACAUCUCGCGCAGGCACAUUGUUCACCAAGCUCCAUUGGCACUUCCUCAAGGCCUCGGAUGCGACGAAGUACGCGAAGCGCUUCAGCGAGAGCCACCAGCGACUCAAUACGUAUAUCGGGCUACUUAGCCAUCAAUCGACCUCACUACUUCUGGAGGAUCAGCGCUAUCACCUAUCGGUCGUGCACAGCCAGAGUCUCGCAGCGCGCAGAUCCGCCGACAGGAUUGAAGCCGUGGCUCUCUCUGCCCUCCAACAGGUCUCGUCGAUAUCGCGCCGACAAGUUACUGAGGAGACUCUUUCCCGCCCGUACUUUGCCGUGCCGCACGAUCGACGAGUCGCAUCACGCGUCCAACGUGUUACCGACAUGAUCUUCGACUCCCUCGCUCCUGACACUCCGCAGGAUCAACGGGAUCGGUUCUUAUCUUUGCUUGCGCCGUUCCUCGUCGCAGGUGCUGCAUUCGUGGUCCACAACAAUGUCAACUUAGAAUGGCAGGCUACGGGUCUCUGGUCGGCUAUCUGUGCGCUCGUCGUUCAGGUUCUUUGGCUUCAAUCACACACGCCUAUGCACCCGGGAUACGGUCUCGAGAACGGCAUACUCCUGAUUGGCUUACUAGGAGAGGAGAUUACCGUACCGAGCCACUUCUGUUCCUCGUACAAGUACUUUCAAGGGUUUUUGAACCUCUUCUACUCAGAGAUACCAGACGCAUCAGAAUAUGUCUCUAGCAAGUGUUAUGAGCUGUUCAAGGCCGGAACGUCGUGGCUCAUCUCAGCAGAUAAUUGGGAGGCUUGGUUGAGGGAACCCGGUAACCGCGCGGAGAUGGGCUUACUGUGCAUAGAGGAUCCUGAGGACGACGCCGACGAUGAUGAUGAUGAUGAAGAUGGGUAUUGUCCUUACUGUGGCUGCGUGUGCAGCACUCGCUCAACAUCGUGUGAGCUAUUCUGUGCCGGUUGCUUUCCGAGGUUUCGACAGACCUUAGUAGAGCUCGACUUUGUCAGAUUAGCUGGUGCUAUCACGGCAGCCGACAUUACAGAAAGACAUCGCGGCACAGAUGUGGACUUAGCUCUUUCUCAGAUGGACGUGCCAGUAACUGCAAUGACAACAAUAGCCCAAUACUUCGACAAUGACUAUGACGUAGCAGCCAUGGCGUUCGCACGCAAAUGUCACCGCGUCCAUGUCAUCGAGUCGCGAUUUAUCGAUUACAACCCGGAGCAUAUACUAUUGGCGUCGCAGCAGGUCGUGGACACCCUGAUCUCCGACCAGGACAAAUUCUCGAGGUCAACCCUCGUUUACGAACUACUCCGAGCGCGCAUCCAGUCUACCAGUGAAUGGAAUGACGACGGUCCUGAAUAUGGGGAAUUUUUGCGCGUGGAGAUGUUGGUGUACAAUGCCGCGUUAACAGACCUCGCACACAGCAUUGCACUGAUCGGCAACACUCAUGGCAGUACAGUGUUCGACCACCCGAUGACAAUCAUGCAGCAGUUACUCACACAGAUGACUUCGGCACUAAAUGCAUUCCUCGAGCGACCGUCGGAAGAAGGCAUGCGCCAAUGGAGGGAUAUAAUGAAGGGCUACUCGGGGGAGUAUCUAUCAUUCGAAGAGCGGAAAGUGUUUCGCGAACUCGUCGAAUAUCAUGCAUUCAUCAGUGAGAACUUCAGGGCUGUUUUUGGCUUUUCGGGACGAUCGCCCUAG